GGUCCGCGCGGGGACGUGGCGCGGCCAUGUUGUCUCCCCGGCGGAAGGAGGCCGGUGGUAGCUCUUCGCCCGGCCCCGAGCAGAGCCAGCGCUCCACUACGGCCCGCGAGCCGAGCGGCAGCUCCGCCAUGGAGGAGAGCAGCGGAUUCCGGCUGUCGGCCGAGUGCCUGGACGAGCCGCCCAACAGCCGCGUUUUCGUGGUGCUGGGCAAGGACGCGGGCGAGGCGCUGAUUCGGGAGCGCUUCGCCCCGUUCGGGGACAUCCAGAACAUCUGGCUGCUGCGCGACAAGCGCACCAACGAGUCCCGAGGCAUCGCCUUCAUCAAGUUCGCUCGCAGCUCGCAAGCCUGCCGGGCCAUGGAGGAGAUGCACGGCCGCAGCCUGGUCCCGGACACCAAGCCUAUCAAGGUAUUUAUUGCACAGUCAAGAGCUUCUGGGAGCCACCGAGAUGUUGAAGAUGAGGAGCUUACCCGAAUCUUUGUUAUGAUACCAAAGACCUAUACAGAGGAAGACCUGCGAGAGAAGUUUAAGAUGUAUGGAGACAUUGAAUAUUGCAGCAUUAUUAAAAACAAGACUACUGGAGAAAGCAAAGGUUUGGGCUAUGUGAGGUACUUAAAACCAUCGCAAGCUGCCCGAGCAAUUGAAGAGUGUGAUCGAAGCUACCGGGCCAUUUUGGCUGAACCGAAAAAUAAGUCAUCUGAAUCUUUUGAACAUGAAUAUUAUAGCAAUAACGCAAGGCAAGAACCAAGAGGAAAUGUCUUUCCAUUUUGUGCUCAGCCAGAGUUCUGUAGUUUUGAAAAAAAUGAGACCAGAAUUCAGGAGUCAGUCUCCAAACGUCUGUCAGUGGUAUCACGACUUCCCUUUAUCCAAGAACAGCUGUUUGCCCUUUUUGAUCUAGUCCCAGGACUGGAGUAUUGUGAUGUUCAGCGAGAUCCUCAUACUAAUAACGGGUAUGCUGUGAUUCAGUACAGUACAGCUGCAUCAGCUAUCUAUGCCAAGUAUAAGCUACAUGGGUUUGAGUAUCCUCCUGGAAACAGAUUAACUGUCAUUUUUCUCGAAGAUGGGAAUGAUAGUUCAGACCUCAUCAGGAAAAUGGCAACACAGCUGGUAACAGCACAUAUGACCUCAGUGUUGCGAAAUAAUAAUGCAGUUGUUCAGCCAUAUAGGACACCUCCUCAAGCAUUUGGAGGAGCCUCUGGCUCACCAUUACUUCAGCCCCAAACUGAUGCUAUGCUUCCACCACCCAAAAAAAAAAUGCCACCUGACACUACUGUGAAGGAAAGGCUUUUCGUACUUUUUCAUCCUCAUCCUUUGCCUGUGACUAUCUUGGAGGAUGUUUUCUGUCGUUUUGGAAAUUUAAUAAAAGUUUACCUUGUGGCUGGAAAAAAUGUGGCCUAUGCAAAGUUUGCAGACAGAGCAAGUGCCAGUGAAGCCAUAACUGCGUUACACGGCAAGAUUGUGAAUGGUGUCAGACUUAAAGUAAGGUUGGCAGACUCCCCCACGGAGGAAUCUAACAAACGUCAGAGGACCUACUAAGUAGAACUAAAUAAUGACAUGACCCUCGACUGACUGACUGACUGAAACGUGACUAGACAUGGUUCCUGGGGACAGUGACAUCUUUUUCUUUUCUUUUUUCUCUUUCUUUUACAUUGUUGCUCUGUUGAUAUCGUGCUUUCUGUUUUUAAGAAGUGUAGACAUGCAGUUUUAAAAGAAUCUAGCAAUUUUAAAAUUGUAUACUGAUGGUUGUUCAUGUAGAGUCCUGUUAUCUUGUAUUCCAGAAAUAAAUCUCUUGUGCUAAA